GUCGCCGCCGCCGCCAUGGCUCAGUACAAGGGCGCCGCGAGCGAGGCGGGCCGCGCCAUGCACCUGAUGAAGAAGCGGGAGAAGCAGCGCGAGCAGAUGGAGCAGAUGAAGCAGCGAAUCGCCGAGGAGAACAUAAUGAAAUCCAACAUCGACAAGAAGUUCUCUGCGCACUACGACGCGGUGGAGGCAGAGCUCAAGUCCAGCACCGUGGGUCUUGUGACCCUGAAUGACAUGAAGGCCAAGCAGGAGGCACUGGUGAAGGAGCGGGAGAAGCAGCUGGCCAAGAAGGAGCAGUCGAAGGAGCUGCAGCUGAAGCUGGAGAAGCUGCGAGAGAAGGAGCGCAAGAAAGAGGCCAAGCGGAAGAUCUCCAGCCUGUCCUUCACUCUAGAGGAGGAAGAAGAGGCAGGAGAGGAGGAGGAGGAGGUGGCCAUGUAUGAGGAUGAGCUGGAAAGGGAAGAAAUCACCACAAAGAAGAGGAAAUUGGGGAAGAACCCAGAUGUGGACACGAGCUUCUUGCCUGACCGAGACCGUGAGGAGGAGGAGAAUCGGCUCCGGGAAGAGCUGCGGCAGGAGUGGGAGGCCAAGCAGGAGAAGAUCAAGAACGAGGAGAUCGAAAUCACUUUCAGUUACUGGGAUGGCUCUGGGCACCGGCGGACAGUCAAGAUGAAAAAGGGCAACACAAUGCAGCAGUUCCUGCAGAAGGCGCUCGAGAUCCUGCGCAAGGACUUCAGCGAGCUCAGGUCGGCCGGGGUGGAGCAGCUCAUGUACAUCAAGGAAGACCUAAUCAUACCCCAUCACCACAGCUUCUACGACUUCAUCGUCACCAAGGCACGAGGGAAGAGUGGGCCACUCUUUAAUUUCGAUGUUCACGAUGAUGUGCGGCUACUCAGUGAUGCCACCGUGGAGAAGGACGAGUCGCACGCGGGCAAGGUGGUGCUGCGGAGCUGGUACGAGAAGAACAAGCAUAUCUUCCCUGCCAGCCGCUGGGAGCCCUAUGACCCCGAGAAGAAGUGGGACAAGUACACGAUCCGGUGAACAUGGAGGCGGCCCAGCCUUGACUCCUCUGGCUCCCUGCGGUCUCCCUACCUCCCUGUCUCCAGGACUCCAGGCACCCCGGCUCCCUGCUCCCGUGACUUGGCGGCCCGAGAGAGGACGGGGCUGAUUGUUUACUGUUUUUUUUUCUUUUAUGAUAAAGAAAUGCACAUGUUAGAGUCACAGCACCUGCACUGUGUUUUGUUAAGAAAAAAAAAUUUUAUUGAGGUAAAAUUCACAUAACAUAAAAUCUACCAUUUUGACCAUUUUAAAGUGUACAGUUCAGCGGUAUUUAGUACAUUCACAAUGUUGUACACCCAUCACUUCUAUCUAGUUCCAGAACAUUUCCAUCACCCCAAAGGGAAACCCCAUCCCCAUUAGCAGUUUCUCCCCCAGCCCUGGGCACCCCCUAGUCUACUUUCUGUCUGUAUGGAUUUGCCUAUUCUGGAAGUUUCAUAUAAAUGGAGUCACACAAUA